AUGCAAAUUUUUUUACAAAUAAGAUUAACAAUCAUAAGUAGACAUAAACUUUUCCUAUAUAUAGACACCAAAAAAAAAUAUGCAGUGUCAAUGAAGGACACCUUCACAAGUGCAGAACCUGGGUACCAGGAGCGGAAGUUCUUGGAAUUCGAGAGUUGCCUCGAACAGCUGUUUUCUGUAUGCAAGACUUGCUACAGCCCUUGCGACGUCUCCAUGAAGGGGGUUGGCACUCUGCUCGUGGUACGGACCUCUUGCCCUGCAGGGCACACGAACCGCUGGGACAGCCAACCGUACAUCAACGGCAGGGGGGCGGGGAACCUGCUCCUCACAUCUCUCGUGCUCUUCACGGGUGCCUCCCCAACCAGAACGCUGCGCCUGUUCCAGUUGAUGAACAUCCAGGUCUUCUCAAAAAAGACCUACUUCAACUACCAGCGAGCAAUUUUGGUCCCAGCUGUUGAAGAGGUGUGGAGAGACGAGCAAGAGAAGCUGAUGGAAGAGCUCCGUGACCAGCCCCUCGACCUCGCUGGUGAUGGGAGGUGUGACUCUCUUGGCUUUAGUGCCAAAUACCUAACGUAUUCCCUGCACGUGCCCUCUGUCAACAAGAUCCUGCACUUUGAGCAAAUUCAGGUUGGAGAGUGCGAAGCGGUGCGCUGCAGCGGGCACAUGGAAAAGGAAGGUCUUGUGCGGUCCCUUGCUUUCACAAGGGACAACCAGCUCACUGUGCAGUCCCUGGCCACCGACGGGCACUGUUCCAUCGGGAAACACAUGCGGGAAAAAGAACCGGCCAUCCUGCACUACUUCGACGUAUGGCACGUUUCAAAAAGUAAAUAUCACAUGUUAUGA